GGGACGCAGCAGUGCCGGGACUCGGGAGCCAGCCUGGGGGUGACACAGCCCACCAGGCACAGACCACAGAGCAGCACCCAGGUAUUCCCCCCCACGACGCCAACAUGGAGCAGGCGCCCGAGGGCCUGGCCAAGGCCCGCAGCCGGGGCAGUUCCGCUCGCUGCGCCCCAGGUAAGCCGGGCCAGCGCGCGGGAGUAGCGGGGCCUGGGCUGCGGAGAGGGCCGCCCUGACCCGCGUCUCCCCCCAGGGCAAAAGCCCCCCAAGGUCGAGUGAGCUGGAGCCGCCAGCCUGGGGACCUCUUUUAAGAUGACCCGCACAGACCCGCCGGAUUUGCUAGUGUCUACCGUGUACCAGGACAUCAAGGUGGCGGCCCCGGGGCCCACAUCCAGGCGCCAGCCAUGUGAGCGAUCCAUGGCCCGGCCCGCCUUGUCCGCACCUUUCAACAAGCGCCACUGCCGUAGCUUCGACUUUCUGGAGGCGCUGGACGGACCUGCCAUGGAGGCGCGCCCGGAGCCGCCUGCCGCGGAGCCCGCAGCGCCGCGCGCACGGCCCCGCGACGGCGAGCCCCGGCGCCGCGCCCGUUCCAAGAGCGCGCCGCGCGCGCCCCCAGGCCUGACGCCCGCGCCUGCCUCACCGCCAGUGCUGCCGCGCCGAGGCCGGGAGGCCCAGCGCGAGACACGGUCCGAGGUUUCGCCGCACCGGGAGCCCGCGUACCCCGCGCUGCGCGCACUCGCCAAUGAGCUGCACCCUAUCAAGUUACAGCCACAGCGCGGCGGUACGGGCCGCAUCGCGCCACUGUGCGCUGCCGCUGGCCGCUGCGCGCCACCCGAAGCCCCACCGGGACCCGCCCCCCACGUCCGCUGCCGCCUGGACAUCAAGCCGGACGACGCGGUGCUACAGCACGCCGCCCGGGGCUCGCGGCCCUGCGGACCCACCGAAGCGGCGCCCUGGGCCCGCGCUGCCCCGCAACUCCACGGCCUCACAGUGCCCGGGCCCCGCCGCAUGGCGCUCUCCCGCACCCCUACUCCCAGCGACUCAUAUUGUGCGGAUGCCCGGGCGCUGUACUGCGACGGGCCUCUGCCUGGGUCCCGGGAAUACACGGAGCGCCGCACUAUGACCUUCACUGCCCCGCCAGGCCCGACCCAAUUCUUCUACACCGAGGAUCCUGAGGGCUACCCAGGCGGCUUUACCAGCCCGGGCCCUCCCUUCGACGGCUACUGCCCCAGGCCCUAUCGGUCCGAGGAUCCCUUGGGGCCCAACCCAAGACGUGGGGGCGGCUAUUAUGCAGGAGAAGUGCGCACCUUCCCGAUCCAGGAACCACCUUCCCGCUCCUACUACGGGGAGACACCCCGUGCCUACGGCUUGCCUUUUGGGCCCCGUUUUGCCCCCGAAGAAACCCGGGCCCACCCCACCGCCCGACCCUUUUAUACAGAGGACUUGGGGCGGUACUACCGCGAGCGCGAAGCCCUAGCUCGGACUUACCCAUACCCGCGCAGCAGCCCGUCUUGGGCUGACUGGGGCCCGCGGCCUUACCGCACCCUGCAGGUAGCGCCUCCCCACGACCCCGGCCCGUUACUUGCCUCGUGGCACGGGGGCACAGGUACCAGCCCUCCCCGGCUGGCCAGCGACAGCCGCCAUUACUCGCGCUCUUGGGACAACAUUCUGGCCCCUGGGCCCCGCCGGGAAGACCCCCUGGGCCGCGGACGCAGCUAUGAGAACCUGCUGGGGCGCGAGGUGCAGGAGCCGCGGGGCACGUCCCCGGAAGGCCGGCGCCCACCUAUCGUCGUCAAUCUGUCCACCUCACCCAGGCGCUAUGCUGCACUGUCCCUGUCCGAGACCUCGCUGUCGGAAAAAGGCCGCGGUGGUGAGGGCCUGAGCCGUAACUGGUACGUCACGCCCGAGAUCACCAUCACCGACAACGAUCUGCGGGCCGCUGAGCGCCCCACCGCCAGUAGCUGGGAACCGCCAGGGAGCCGUCCGCGGCCGCAUCCCUCCGCUGCCCACGAUGGCCCCACCCCAGGCCGCCAGCGCAGCCUGGAGCAGUUGGACGAACUCAUCACGGACCUGGUCAUCGACUCUAGGCCCCCCGCCGGCCAGGCCCCGGAGUCUGCGGCCGACGGCCUGGGCCACCAGCUUCGCCGCCUUCUGGACUCGCGGCCCGCAGGGCCCAGGGCCCCUUCCUUGGCGCCGCCGCGCUCGCCUCCCGCCUCCGCUGGCAGCGCGGAGGAGCCUGCAGGCUCGGGGGAGGCAGCUGACGCUUCACCGGAGCCCAGCGCAGACGAGGACGACCUGAUGACCUGCUCCAAUGCGCGCUGCCGGCGCACUGAGACCAUGUUCAAUGCCUGCCUCUACUUCAAGUCCUGCCACAGCUGCUACACCUACUACUGCUCGCGCCUGUGCCGCCGCGAGGACUGGGACGCGCACAAGGCGCACUGCGUGUACGGCCGCGUGGGCAGCGUGUGCCGCCACGUGCUGCAGUUCUGCCGCGACAGCGGCCCAGUGCACCGCGCUUUCUCGCGCAUUGCGCGCGUCGGCUUCCUGUCGCGCGGCCGCGGAAUACUCUUCCUGGGCUUUCCGAGCCCGGGCUCCGCAGACAACUUCCUGCGCUUUGGCCUCGAGGGUCUGCUGCUGUCGCCCACUUACCUGUCGCUACGCGAGUUGGCCACACAUGCGGCGCCCCUGGGCAGUUACGCCCGCGAGUUGGCGGCCGCUGGGCGCCUCUACGAGCCGGCUGAGUGCUUCCUGCUCAGCGUGUCGGUGGCCGUGGGUCCCGGCGCCGUGCCUCCGGGGACCCCCGCCCGGCCUGCGCCCGCGCCGCGCAGCCCCGGGCCCACGGUGCGCAAGUUCGCCAAGGUGGCACUAGCGGCCGGCAGCCCGGCACGUCCGCCCCCGGCACGGGGCCGCGAGCCUGACAUGGAGACACUGAUCCUGACGCCGCCGCCUGGCACGGCCGGCCUGGACCAGGAAGGCGAGGCAGGCCGGCGCGCACGCGAGGUGGCGUUCAUCCACAUCCAGCGCGAGCUGCGGCUGCGCGGCGUCUUCCUGCGCCACGAGUUCCCGCGCGUCUAUGAGCAGCUGUGCGAGUUCGUCGAAGCCAACCGGCGCUUCACGCCCACCACCAUCUACCCCACAGACCGGCGCACCGGCCGCCCCUUCAUGUGCAUGAUCAUGGCCGCUUCCGAGCCGCGCGCGCUCGACUGGGUGGCCAGCGCCAACCUGCUGGACGACAUCAUGUGAGCCGCUGGGCCGACCAGACCCAGUCUCCGGGGCAACGCCCCCGCUUCGCCUAAGCCCCGCCUCAGAUUCUUCCAACCCCCCCACCCCCCAAGCUCUAUUCGGGCCCUUUCAGGCACUGCCCCUCACCCGAAUCCAUCCCAGGGUAUUCUCCACAGGAUCCUCCUCUGCCCUUCCCCGUCCCCCAACAACUCUUCUGUUCUCCGGACUCCUCCUGUAGCUCCCCCUGGGGACCUCCAGAGGCCGGUCCUCGCCCUCGGUGCUCCCCGCCGGGAGGUGGGGUGGGCCUGAGGACCGCACAGCUCUGCCUUCACGCGAAGGGGUCACUACCGCACAGUCCCCAACGGCACA